UGUUUAACGGAUAAAGGAAAUAUGGCCCAAAUAGGACAACUUCGCUAGCCAAGGGUGGUGAUCCAUGGAAAUACCAGAAUACGUCACAUUUCCUGGUUACGACAACUCAAACAAGGAACCAGAAAUAUCUUUCUUGUCUAGUGGAUCAGAACUUUGUGAUGGGCAUAGGAAUGACAAAAAAACGAUAAACAGUUAUCAAAGACGACACAAUCAGAUUGGCGCUCCAAGUUGAUAAAAGGUCAUGGCGAGUUCCUAUGCAUCAACACCAGAGACAACGAACGCUAACAGAGCUUGCCGUGUCGUACUCGGUCCCUGUACGGAUGGACUCCGUGACACGCUGCGUCACUAUGUCCCGCCUCCAUCAUUUCCUCACAUCAUCAAACAAAACGAACGUAAGCUUCCUCGACUGACAGCAGUUCAACGUGACCUCAUUUUACCUCGACAUGGCAGUUAUACUGGGAACUAUGACGAUAUGGACAUUUCAUUAUUGUAUAUCUUAUUGAGAAACAUAACCGGCAUAUCCCCUCACUCCAAGGGCUGGGGCAACGAUCCAGACCCCCGUGACACGAGUCUCUCUGCCAACAUCGAGAUAAUUCGAUUGGCCCGGAAUCGCUGUGUUCACUGUUCUGUUCCUUUUAUGUCCAACACAGACUUUAACUCCAUCUGGUCCACCAUUAGAUCAGUUAUGGUGGAUCUGGAUGACUUCCUCGGGAAUGGAAAGAAAUAUGAAAAGGCGGUGGAUUUCCUACGUCACGAGUCGAUGGACCCUGAACAUGACCUACAUUACGAAGAAAAACUGAGGAAGCAGGUGGAGGAAGAUACCAAAACGAGGGAAAUGGUGGUCAAGCUUGAGAAUGAAAUGAAGAAACUAACAAAGUCCCCCAUUCCCCCAAAUGUGAGAGAGCAAUACAAUAUUGAUAUUCAGAAAUGGAGAGAGGAAGACAAGCUUUACUAUGAAACCCACAGCUUUCCGUCAGUAAUGGAGAAAGUGAGAAACCAACCUUACGUAACGUUUGUUGGUGUGUCCGGGUCUGGGAAAUCUGCCACGGCUCACCACAUCGCCCUCAAGCUCCAGGAGGAAGGUUACGAAGUUGUACCAACCAAAGACGUUAGGAAGAUGGAGGAUUAUGGUGACCCUAGGAAUCCGCAGGUUUUUGUUAUUGAUGAUGUGGUGGGUGUCUUUGGCCUUCAGAAAACUAAAUUAGAUGUGCUGAUUAAUUAUGAACAGAAAAUAACAGAACCUUGCAUGGUUAAGUCUAAAACUUUGAUGACAUGUAGAGAGGCUGUGUUCAAUGAGAUGUUACCUAACAAACCAUUCCUUACCAAAGAAGAGACUGUAAUUAGGUUACACAGUUCCGAUAAAGCAUUAGAUAAUAAUGACAAAAAACAGAUUCUCCGAAAGUAUGGUUUAAAUGUAAAUCUAAUAUCGUCUACAUUGCUGAAGUUAACAUCUUACAUGUUUCCUUUUCUUUGUAAAUUGUUUUCAAAGGACACAAAAUUCCAAGCUCUUGGUUCGAAGUUUUUCCUGAAUCCAGUCCAAUGUAUCAUUGAUGAACUUAAUGAUAUGCAAAGGGAGAACAAACUGAAUUAUGCAACACUUGUUUUGUGCAUGUUAAAUGAAAACAGCCUCUCCAAAGAUAUUUUCAAACAUGAAAAGUUUAUUGAUAAGAAAAACAAUACUUUGGAAAACUGCAGAUUAGAGCUCAACACUGAUACUUUCAAGUUUAUGGAUGCUUUGUCAGCAAUGGAGAAGACCUACACAAAACAGUGUGGUGCACAGUACACAUUUAUACAUGACUCCAUGUUUGAAAUAUGUGCUUAUCAGUAUGGCAAACAGUUUCCUGAACAAAUAUUGUUGUAUAUGAGUAGUAGUUAUAUUGCUAAUUAUGUCAAACCACAGACAAGUGAACCAGCAAAUGAUAACCAAAUGAAAGAAAAACGAAGUGAUUUUCAAUCUAUUGAGGGAGAUGAUGAUGGUAGGAACGAUAGUGAUGGAAAAGAGAAAGAGAGCGAAUCUCAAUCUAUUGAGGGGGGUGAGGGUAGCAGUGAUAGUGAUGGAAAAGAGAAACAGAGCGAAUCUCAAUCCAUUGAGGGGGGUGAGGGUAGCAGUGAUAGUGAUGGAAAAGAGAAACAGAGCGAAUCUCAAUCUAUUGAGGGGGGUGAGGGUAGCAGCGAUAGUGACGGAAAAGAGAAACAGAGCGAAUCUCAAUCUAUUGAGGGGGGUGAGGGUAGCAGUGAUAGUGACGAAAAAGAGAACCAGAGCGAAUCUCAAUCUAUUGAGGGGGGUGAGAGUAGCAGUGAUAGUGACGAAAAAGAGAACCAGAGCGAAUCUCAAUCUAUUGAGGGGGGUGAGGGUAGCAGUGAUAGUGAUGGAAAAGAGAAAGAGAGCGAAUCUCAAUCUAUUGAGGGGGGUGAGGGUAGCAGUGAUAGUGAUGGAAAAGAGAAAGAGAAUGUUUAUAAAAACAAUGAGAGAGAAAUAUCGUCUGAUCUUUGUAUAAGGUUACGUGAGGAUCUGUACCCACUGUUAGCUGAGAGAUUGUACAGAGACAUACAGAACAUGGAGCUGUAUGAUGUUUUCAGGAAUCAGGUUUUAAAACAUCCCCAGGUGUGUCAGGCUUUUAUUGAUGUGUUAGAGACAAAAUCAUACACGGAAUUGAAAUUCUUGUUUUUGUCCAGUCAGGAAAACGUAGAUAAGAUAGUGAGUAAACAAAAGUGUGUGGUGAGGGAGAGUUGGGAGUGGGGUGAGUGGGAGAUACAGAAGAUGCUGGUAGAUGAGACGUAUAAACAAAACAUGCACAUAGGCGAUGACGAGAAUGAAUACAUGUACAGAAGUAGUGACGAGAGAAAACAAGAAUACACGUACAAUGUGAGAGUGAUCGGGUGGGUGAUUUACAAUGGACAUCAUCAUAUCCUACAGUUCAUAGUACAGCAAAGUGAACAACACGAGGAUAUAAGUGAAUUAUUUAGGAUAACAGGUAAUACUCCAUAUCAAUCUAAAUCCGGUAUAUAUACAUGUACGAAACAGCAAAACAAAACAGAUAUGCUUCAAGAACAGAUCAGACUACUAGUAUUGAGUUGUUACAGUGGUGAUGUACAGACAGUCAGGGUUCUGCUUCAUGUUUGUGAAGAUGCUUGUAUUCAUUUUAAUUCGAUUUACAUGCAUGUUUCACCUCUUGUUGUUGCAUGUGAAGGAGGGCAUGUGAAUAUAGUGAAGGAGCUGGUGAAGGCGGGGGUUGAUGUCAAUGGAGAGUGUAGGCGAGGGGAUACACCACUGAUAGCUGCAUGUACGGGAGGACAUUUGAGUGUAGUAAAGGAGCUGGUGAAGGCGGGGGUUGAUGUCAAUCCUAAGGAUAGACAUAUAAAUUCAGCACUGAUGACUGCAUGUUAUGGAGGACAUGCAAGUGUGGUGAGGGAACUGGUGAAGGCCGGGACUCAUGUCAAUCUACAGGAUGAAUGGUGGGAUACACCACUGAUUAAGGCAUGCUUUGAGGGACACGUGAGUGUGGUGAAGAAGCUGGUGAAGGCAGGGGCAGAAGUCAAUCUACAAAAUAAACAUGGGAAUACACCAUUGAUAGCUGCGUGUAUUAAAGGACAUGUGGGUACAGUGGGGCCCUAUGCUCCCCAACGAGUGAAAAGGAAUAAGUCAAGUCAAUUGAGUACGGUGAAGGAACUUGUGAAGGCGGAGUCUGAUGUCAAUCUACAGAAUGAACAGGGGAAUACACCACUUAUAACUGCAUGUGAAGGAGGACAUGCAAGUGUGGUGGAGGAGCUGUUGAAGGCUGGCGCUGAUGUCAGCCUAGAGAAUGAUAUGGGGAUUGUACCACUGGUAUCUGCAUGUGAAAGAGGACAUGUGAUUGUGGUGAAAAAACUCAUCAAGGCGGGGGUAGAUGUUAAUCUACAUGGAAAAUUUGAAAAAACACCACUGAUUGCAGCAUGCGAUGGAGGACAUGUGAGUAUGGUACAGAAGCUGGUGAAGGCGGGGGCUGAUGUCAAUCUACAGGUUUAUUGGGGGGAUAAACCACUCUUACAGGCAGUACGAUAUUGCCCUCUAUCAACAGUGAAAUGUCUAGUGGAACAUGGAGCUGACUGGGAUACUCAAGUUCCUGAUGUCCAUGUGUCAGCAGUAUAUAGAGCAUUAAUACUGAACAAACCAGAUAUAGUGAAAUAUCUCAUACAGAAACAAAAUAAAAUCACUCCAGGUAAGUUUAAUGGAAAUUUACAUCUAUUUAACUGUCUGGUGGACAUCAGACAUGCUGGAGUUAAAACAGACAGUAGGGAUGAUGUGGUGGUGACAGACACUUCAGUGUGGUGUAUGGAUAAAUUGAAAGAUGAUUGGAAUAUAAUAUGUGGGGAAGAAUGUGAUGUACUGCGUAACAUGUUGUGUGUAGGUCUGGAUGCCAAUCAGAGGGUGCAGUUGUAUAAUGAACGCAAUAAUGAUAGGUCUGACAUCAGACCUCUGUUGUAUACACUGAUAGAUGAGUGGGGUUGUAUUUGUUUUACGAAGGAAAAGGCGAGGGUCCUGCUGGAAGCGGGGCCGAACUUCAAUGUCAGGGUAAGAUAUAGAGAGCAUGACUCCGUGUUAGACAGGGAAGGUGUGUCUGUACUAGAGAGGAUAAGGCAAAAUACUAGUAUUCGGAGGGAUAAAAUGUGUGAAAUAAAGAAACAUGUCAGAAGACACUCGGUAUAGUCCCUGGUAGAAUUCUAGAGAGUUGUUGUUACUGAGUACAAGAGUGAGAUGAGUGAAAUAAAGAAACUUAUACCAUAGUUUGGCGUGCUUUCUUUUGUUAAAAGUGUGGGUUAUCUGUACAUAACCCACACUUUUCUUCAAACCCCGCCCACAUUCUCGAAAAAAAAAACCAACAUCAUUGUCCACUGUAUGAAGUUCCUCCAGAUCAAAAUUGCACAUAUCAAACACACGGAUAACUGACUCGGACUAGGUUCUCCAAAUACAUUAUAGAUAUUCGCACUGAAUCUCACUUAUACCUUUAUACAAGAUAAUAUCGUCAAUGGUCUUGUCCCAAAGACUUUCUAUUUCCAUAUUCUCAAGUCGAGAAACACGUGUAGAUAGAAAUACGGGUAUAAUUUAUAAAGAGUUUUAUAAAAGACCCAGUCACGUGAUAAGAACGCGUUUGAGAGAUAAACUUGUUUAGCGGACAGAGUGAAUCAGACUUGUGUUUCUUUUAUGGUUUUGAAUCUUACAAUUCUUAAUCUUUUUUCUCUCUCGUAUGUUUCACCAUUUUUUUUUUAAUCUGUUGUAUAUAUAUGUAAAUGUUUUUCCAGCCAAUUUAGUCAAAAUAUGUAUUAGAAUGAAGGAUAUCAAAUAGGAUUUUUUUAAAAAUAACCACCAUCAUCAGUUGAAUAUAUUGCUAAUAAUACUAAACUAUGGUACAAGUCACUUAGCCCAUAUAAUAUUGUUGAUUAUGUUCAGAUACCCGAUUGGCGUGGUCAUAAUGACACUCGGGAGUUACGCUCCCUCGUGUCAUUAUGACCACACCCAUUGGGUAUCUGCACAUAACUAACAAUAUCAUAUGGGGUAACUACUACAUGUCAGAAGACGCUCUGUAUAGUCCCUGAUAGAAUUCUAGAGAGAUGUUGUUACAGAGUACAAGAGAGAGAUGUGUGAAAUAAAAACACAUGUCAGAAGACAUUGUGUAUAUAGACACUAAGAUAGGUGUCCGAGACAUAAUAUUACACAGGUAUUUGUUCACAUUUGUCAGUAGAUGUACCGAGUAUAAAAUCUGAUAGGCUACUAACUAAAUAUCUUUGUACAAUAUCCUAUUAAAUAAAUUGUCCAGCACGUCUGUUGCGUUUCCAUGUAUUUGCGUACAAAAUAAAGUCUUUAACAUAAUCGACACUUUCUCAAAGUUUCCUGUCCGUUAAGGAAAAUAAAACUGUGUUUAACCUUAAAGGUCCCUGACAUUUUUAGUCUUUUUGUAUCAAAUUAUGUUAAUUAUUGAUUAAUGUAUAUAUGUGUAUUGCUUAAUGUUGUUUUG